AUGCGAAUAUUACUAGUUUUAAUUUAUUGUAUUUUGGCAUUUGUUAUUAUAACAAUUUAUAAAAUGAUGAAUCAAACAUCAGAAAACAAUUCAUAUCUCGAUUUCUAUGGAGAAACUUUGGAUCUUCGAAGAGAUUUUGAAAAAGCGGAUAAUCAAUCAUUGAUAAUUGUCAUAACACCAACAUAUUAUAGACUUACACAAUUACCUGAUAUGACAAGGUGAGCAAAAUAUUACGUUGACUUUUUGAAAAACUAGAAUUUUGAGAAUGGCGAAUACUUUGAUGCAUGUCAAAAAUCUUCAUUGGAUUGUGAUUGAAGAUGGAGAAAAGAAAAAUGAAAAUAUUGAAAGUUUAUUGAAAAGAUCUAAUAUUUCAAAUUCAUAUUUCACGUUUAAAACUAAACCAGGAUAUCCAAGUAAGUUUUGAGUUUCCAAUUAUUUUUUAACAAAACAAAAAUUAGAACGAGGUUGGUAUCAAAGAUCAAUGGCUUUGACAUUGCUUCGGAGAACUGAGUUCAAUAAUACAAAUGCAGUUGUGUUUUUUGGAGAUGAUGAUAAUUCUUAUGAUAUUCGCUUGUUUACCGAAUAUAUCAGAAAUGUUAAGAAACUUGGAAUGUGGGCGGUUGGUAAGUUCAUUUUUUCAAUUUUUAAAACUAUUUUAAAGUUCACCAAAAUUUUUAGGACAUGCUGGUGGUGGAAUUGCUGCCAACCUUAAUGUAGUAAAAGGAAAAGUGAUUGAUUUCGAUGUUUCUUGGGGAGAAUGGCGAAAAUUUGGUAUAGAUAUGGCUGGAUUUGCAAUUCAUCUUGAUUUUGUUCUCAAAACGGAUGCAAUUUUUCAUGGAAAAAUAUGUGGACGGCGUACACCGGAAACUUGUUUAUUAGAAGAAAUGCAUUUUUCGAGAGAUGAUAUUGAACCAUUUGGUUAUGAAACAAAUGUAUGUAAAAAUUAGUUUUCAAAAAAUGUUAUCCGAAAUUUUACAGGGAGCGCGGGAAAUCUAUGUUUGGCACACUCAAACUAUUCAACCAUCAAUUCUAUCAAAAAAUAAAACGAUAAUCCGGAAAAUUACAGAUUAUUUUCAAAUUUAAUGAAUAUUUUACAAAGAUAGUUUCAAAUGAAGACGGUUGAAAAAUCGCAGAUUGUGGAAAAAUAUUCUCCAGGGAGAUCAAAAGUUCAACGAUUAUUUCAAUUAAUUGUACAUUGUUAGAAAAGAAAACAGGAAAAUGUUCUUAUAAAAAUUGCAUGAAUGAUGAAAAAUUGAGAUAUCGAAAUCGUAUUUUGUAUGGAUUGAACAAAAAAAUUUUGGAAUUAUCUGGGGAAUUUUGUAAAUACCAAAUUCUCAAAUUGGAAAAAAAUUUAAACACAUUUUAUAUACAAUUGUCUGAUUUUUUGAACAAACAAAGGUUAAUCUUUAUUUGGAAAAUUUUUCAAAACAAUUUCUGUAGCAGAAAAACCAAACUAGAAAAAAUAGUUGUAAAUCUUUAAUUUUCAGAAUUCUCCACAACAUUUUCAACCCUAAAACCUUCGAAUUCCCCAAAUUUCUCCUCACAAAAAAACCCAAAAAAGAAAGUAAAACUACAAGACUCCGCCUGCUGCCUGGUGUGUGCAGUGGAGCACACUUGCAACAUAAGCAUUUUUCCAAAAAACAAUUUUUUUCAGCGUUUUUUUGUUUGCCGCGUGGCAACUCAGCUUUUAAAUGUAGGUUUUUUUUUAAAUUUCGAGUUAAAUUUGCCAAUAUUUGAAAACAAUUCAAAAUUUCCCUUUCUAUCUCGAUUACAUUUUAAUCUCUGAUUCACACAAAAACUUUUUCUGCUUUGUUUUUUUUUGCGAAAAAAAACUGAAAAGUACUACUGGUGAGUACUUUUGCAAUAAAACAAACAGCAGUUUUUAUCGAUUGAGUACUUUUCACAUCUUUUAUUGUUGUUUUUAGAGAAUGAUAUGA